AGAUAGCUAACCGCGUCGACCCGAACGGGCAGACACGUGAGGGCAGACGUCGUUGUCACUUGUGCGCGCUAAGAGAAUUUCAUCGUUCCCAUUUACUUCUUUCGCAAGUCGAAUUUGGCGUUGAGACUUUUUAAUAUUGAAUUGUACCUAUUAUAAAAAAUAAGUAAGUAGGUAUACUGGUUUAAUAGGUGCUAUUAAACCGGUCACGUACUAAUAAAUCCCCCAAUAAUAUAAAUUCAUUUGUUUUUGGUGCAAAUUUUAGUGUUUCGUAGCAGGUUUUUAAAAUUUCUAAAGCUUAUUGUAUAUCAUCUAACAAUGGAUACUUUAGAUAAUACGUUUUCCUACAUUCUGAAUUAUAAUAACUAUAUCGAAGAUGAUGUGGUUCGCGCAUUUCAUGAAAAGUUACUUCGGUGCACAUCAUUUAGACCGCGUGAGCUAGAAUUAUUUCAACACCCUGAACUGAUUGAACCUGUACCUAAAAAUGAGACGCACCUUCAAGUAAUUUAUGACGGUGACGUGGGAUUAGUGGGGCACUGGAGUUGUAUUUAUUACAUUAAUGGAAUACUGCGUGUGUACGAUAGUCUUGUUGGUGUUCUAGGAAAAUCGCAAAAAAUAUAUGUAAAAGCCUUGUUUCCGUAUCUAUCGGAGUCAUGUAUUCAGUUUCCAAGUGUUCAGCGACAACCGAAUACUAUUGAUUGUGGUUUGUUUGCCAUUGCUUUUGCCACCUCUUUAGCUUUAAAAACGAACCCUUCUCAAUUUAAUUACGUGCCAGAAAUGAUGAGACCCCAUUUGCUUGAAAUGCUUUUAACCGAUGGGCUUUUGGCUUUUCCCGCUACGAGCAGGCGUUCACCAGGACGUGCCCCUUCUAAUCUUUUCAAUAAUAUAGCCCUUAAACUGGAGACAAAUAAACAGAAACAGACUGAAAAGAAACAGAAACACCGUUCACAAAAUUCAAUAACAUCCCACAGUCAGAACGAUAACUUAAAUUUUAAUCAGAAUUACGAGUAUGUUAUGGAGGAAACACAGAGCAUAGCGAAUAACUGUACUACUAUGGACGCGGAACGUAUAAAACAAAACAAUAGAGAUAGAAAGAGGCUGUCCAGAUCUAAUAAAGAUGUUUCAAUUAGAGAAAAAGAGAGGAACCAAGUCGCUAAAGAGGUUCUUAGGUCCAACAAACGAAAAAAGUGUCAUGAACAGGUAGUGAAUAGUUCUCUUCGCCGAAGCAAACGUUUAAAUCUAGAAAUAAGGCAAGUUGAGCAAGAACGCGACACUGAAGCUCAUCGAGCUGCCCGUCAAGAUGACGAGUACAGACGAGAUGAGCAACAGCGUAAUACUCAAGCUCAUCGGGUAGCUCGAACGGAUGUCCGAUAUCGACAAGCUGAGCAAGAGCGCGACACUGAAGCUCAUCGAGCUGCCCGUCAAGAUGACGAGUACAGACGAGAUGAGCAACAGCGUAAUACUCAAGCUCAUCGGGUAGCUCGAACGGAUGUCCGAUAUCGACAAGCUGAGCAAGAGCGCGACACUGAAGCUCAUCGAGCUGCUCGUCAAGAUGACGAGUACAGACGAGAUGAGCAACAGCGUAACACUCAAGCGCAUCGAGUAGCUCGAAUGGAUGUCGAAUUUAGAGAAGCUGAGCAAGAGCGCGACACACACGCUCGUCGUGUUACUCGAGAAAACGAGGAAUAUAGACGAAAUGAACAGAUGCGAAACAGUGCUGCUAGACAAGAAUUACGAUCGAAGCAAAAAGAUUCAUGGGACUUAACUGUACAAAAUUAUUUAAAAAAUAUUAAGGAAGGAAACACGCAUCCUUGCCACUGCUGCGGUAGAUUGUGGCACAUUAAUUCUAUAAAAAAAAUAUCUAAGGAUAUUGCUUUAAACAAAUAUGGACAACUAUUUGUGGAUAAUGUUUUCCAUUUAAAUCCAACUCAAAAUUACGGAGAAUUUUGUUCCACAUGUGCAAGAUAUAUUAACAAAGGUACUAUACCUAGGCUUGCGAGGGCGAAUGGUUUAAUUUUUCCCUGUAUUCCAGAAGUAUUAAAAGACUUGACUCCUCUGGAAGAGCGUUUGGUAAGCCCACGCCAUGUCUUUUUGAAAAUUGUUCGCAGGGGUCAGGGUUUAGGAUUCCAACAUGGCCUUCAAGGUAACGUUGUUAAUGUUCCAGUGCUAGUUAACAACAUGGUCAGUGCUUUACCUCGGUCCGUAAAUGACGACAACGUAAUUACAGUUGAACUGAAACGAAGGUUUUGUUAUAGGCACGGCCGCAAAGAACAAGUACGGCCUGAAUUCGUGCGUAGGGCCGCGCAAUAUUUAGUACAGUGCGAGUUAUUUCAGGAAAACGGUGUCGCACUAAAUGUAUCUUGGGCAGGUAAUGAUCCUGAAAAUGAAACUAGAUGUACAUGCGAUGCCGAUGCUAUCGACGAAGAGACUGUAGAUCCUACGGAAGGUGUUGAACUUAACCCAGGAGGUACAGAAACACUUUUGGAUGACAAUCAGGAUGUUAUAGUACUGGCUCCCGGUGAAGGACAGCGCCCUAUCUCUUUAUUAUUUGAUGAGCAUUUAGAGGAGUUGGCAUUUAUAAAAGUUCAUUGCGGCGUCAAACGAGAUUUUAAGAUUAAUUUGAGACAUUCUGAAAUAAUUAAAUCGGAAAUAUCAAGACAAGACCGACGAGCUGUUCGACCGGAUUAUCUUUUUACUGCUCUAAAAAAACAGCAAAUGACAAUUGUAAAAAAUAGUAUAACAACAUGUCUUCGAAAAAAAACUGUUAAAGGAACACCAGUUUUAGCCAGUAAUGUUCUAGAUAUGAACUAUAUAGAUAAUUUAGUUCAGCACGACGACGGGUAUCGCGUACUUAGUGGCAUUAGAAAUUCUCCUUCACACUGGGAGGGAGAAAAGAAGAAGGUAUUAGCCAUGAUAAGACAGUUUGGAGUACCAUCUUUCUUUUUGACGCUGUCGGCUGCCGAAGUACAGUGGCUAGAACUUCUGGUAAUGCUAAAGGAAGUUGUUGACGGUGAAACUGUUUCUUUGUAUGAAGUCGAAAAUCUAAGUUACGAAACGAAAGCGCGGCUCAUUCAAUCCGACCCGUUUAUAUGUGCCUCUUACUUUGAAACAAAGCUAAGGGAAAUUCGUAAAACGUGGUCUUGUUCUUCCGGUCCUUUUGGAAAGUAUGUUAUUAGUCAUUUUUACUAUAGGAUUGAAUUCCAGCAUAGGGGCUCGCCACAUGCACAUAUGAUGCUUUGGCUUGAGGAGGCACCUAUUUUUGUACCCGGUGAUGUUGAAUCAGCUGAAAGAGUCGUCCAGUUUGUGGAUAACAUUUUAACUUGUGAUAGCAAUGAACUAACAGAGGAUAUUCUUCAUGUUCAAAAACAUAAACAUACGCACACGUGUAGGCCCAAGCCGGACAAACUUUGCCGUUUUGAUAUACCGUUUUUCCCUUUAGAUUCCACUCAAAUACUAGUCGAACUUCCAAAGGAUAAUGCUUCUUAUAAAAGGGUCAAAGAUAUUGCAAGAAGUAUCCAAAUUAAAAUGCAAGAUAUUCCACCUGAAAUAGAAACAUUUACAGAUUUUUUGGAAUUCGUAGGUGUUACAUAUGAAAAUUAUAUUUUAGCUAUAAGAAGCACUUUAAAGAGGCCCAAAGUAUUUCUAAAGCGGUCUCCAAAAGACACGUUCGGAGGAGUCAGUUUCCUGUUGUGCCAGCGGAAGCCAUCACUAUACACAAAAGUCAAGGUACAACCUUAG